AUGCACUCCCUACUCACCUCUCGUCCUCAGUCGCCGGAAUACAUCGCUCUUUCUCAAUGGAACAACAGGACCAUGUCCACUCACUCUAAGCAAAACGAAGAAUCGCCAUUUUCUGCGCUCGAACCGCUCGAUCCUGAAUCCACUACCUCCCCGUCGCUUCCCGGCGAUAGCAAUGGCCGCAACGCCGCCUACACGGCCAAAGCCACCGCGCUCAACCGUGCCAUCCAGGAUAUUGGCAUGGGCCGGUAUCAAUGGCAACUCUUCUUCGUGAUCGGAUUCGGCUGGGCGAGCGAUAAUCUCUGGCCGAUCGUGGUGUCAUUGAUCCUGCCGCCAGUUUCAUACGAAUUCAACGCAACCAAACCGCCGAUAUUGACGCUGGCGCAGAAUAUCGGGUUGCUUAUCGGAGCACUUUUUUGGGGUUUUGGGUGUGAUAUCUUUGGACGAAAAUGGGCGUUCAAUCUGACGCUUGGGAUUACAGGGGUGUUUGGGUUGGUUGCUGCUGCGUCGUCUAGUUUCGCGGCGAUAUGCGUCUUUACGGCGCUGUGGUCGAUCGGUGUUGGGGGAAAUCUACCCGUUGACUCGGCUAUUUUUCUCGAGUUCUUGCCUGGGUCGCAUCAGUAUCUGCUCACGAUUUUGUCGGUUGCGUGGGCGUUUGCGCAGUUGCUGGCAACGUUAGUGGCAUGGCCGUUGCUGGGGAAUAUGACCUGCAACGAGGAUAGUGGGGAGUCAUGCUCGAAGUCGGGUAAUAUGGGAUGGAGGUACUUUCUCCUGACGAUGGGUGGCCUUGCUAUGGUUAUGUUUAUCUGCAGAUUUGUCUUUUUCACGCUUUUUGAGUCGCCCAAGUACCUCAUGGGUAAAGGACGCAAUGACGAAGCUGUGGAGGUGGUCCGCGAGAUAGCAAGGAGGAAUGGACGUCGGACAUCUUUCUCUUUAAGCGAUCUGCAAGAAAACGAUGCGGAAGACGAAGAGGAUGUCGGAUUGAGUACAUUGCCAGCAUUGAGCACGCGAAACCUUAUCCGCAUGCGACUGGAAAAAGUUAGUCUGGAACAUGUCCGGGGUCUCUUCGAUACACCCCGUCGCGCCUUGUCGACCUCGAUGAUCAUGCUGGUAUGGGCAUUCAUUGGCCUGGGAUCCCCUCUUUACAACGCCUUUUUACCAUACAUCCAGCAAUCUAGAGGCGCUGAAUUUGGCGAUGGCUCGACCUAUAUCACCUACCGUAAUUCACUCAUUAUCGCCGUCCUAGGGAUUCCGGGGUGUCUGCUCGGCGGCGCGCUGGUCGAAAUGCCCCGGUUCGGCCGCAAGGGCACCUUUAUGCUUUCUGCCGUCUUCACUGGUGUAUUUCUUUUAGCGUCCACGACGGCAACAUCAUCAAACGCGCUACUAGGUUGGAACUGCGCGUACAACUUCAUGAGCAACAUCCAAUCCGCCGUGUUGUAUGCAUAUACGCCUGAACUCUUCCUUACGAAAGACCGCGGGACGGGAAAUGCAUUGACGGCGUCUUCGAGUCGGGUGUUUGGAAUUAUGGCGCCGAUUAUUGCCAUGUUUGCCGAUCUAAACACUGCUGCGCCGGUGUAUCUUAGUGGGGUUUUGUUUAUCGCUGCCGGUGUGGUCGUGAUGUUGAUUCCGUAUGAGUCAAGGGGGAGGGCGAGUUUGUAG